CCCACUUACCCUCCAACAUCGGACUUGUGUGUGUAUUACUAACCGAUAUAUUAUUUCAUCAUCGCGGGGCAAUCGUCGCUUUGUCAUUGUGCGCGCGAACAACCAGGGCCAACUUAUAAAUACCUCCAGGGCUACUUUACAAAAGUAUCGACAUAAUCGAAUUGCUCACACACAUCCGCCCAAGAUGAGUGAGUCGACAAUCACCGAGACGUCGCUGAAAGCGGCGCUCACCGAGCGUCUCCAAGCAGUUCACGUCGAAGUCACCGACAUGUCCGGCGGUUGCGGCCAAUCCUUCUCCACCCUAAUCGUCUCCCCGACCUUCGCGGGCCUCAACAGCCUGAAGCGGCACCGCGCCGUCAACGCCGCCGUGAAGGACGAGAUCGCCGCCAUCCACGCCUGGAGCGCCAAGUGCCAGACGCCCGAGGAGUGGGAGCGCGACAAGGCCAGCAACGCUAAAACCGAGGGCCCGCCUCUGGAAGGCACCGUGCAGGGACGAGUUGACGGCGUUGAUGCUUGAAGGGGGUUGGUUGUGUAUGGUAUAUACAUAUAUGGGUAUGGUUCGAUACCUAGUGGCAUGGAAUAGCAUGGCAUGGUAUGGCAUGGAGACCCCUGUGUGAUAACUGGCCCGAGUCUGCCAUGUCAAAUCACUUUCUAAGACCUGUACGAUAGGAAGAAUAGGGGAUGGCGUGCGAUGACUUGGCUUAGGUCGCGAUUGGAGUUGAAUAGGUAACUACGUGGCUGGAUUAAGAUACCAAUGUUAAACGAAUAGGCGCCUGAGCGAAAUGCCCAUCGUGGGGAAGAGACGAGGUCUUCACAGGAGGCACUGGGACUAGCUUGCUAAAGCAAGAGGAAUGGAGCAAUGGACAUUGAUUGGCAUAGGGCAUAACUAGGCGCCCAACACCGAGCUUGAAGAGACAAUAGUCGGCAAUACUUCACGUCAU